CUCUUUUCUCUGGAGGAAAUCAGGGGUCUCCCUUCUGUCCUCAACCAGUUUCCCCUUGCUGGCCCUCUGGGUACUGCUUCUAAAUCUCUUAGAAAUAGGAAGGGCAUGUGGAAUUGCUGGGGUCAGUUUUGAAAUCAGUUUUUAUUUAACCUAUAGGAUUUCAUAUAUGCUGGUUAGCACUGUGAAUCUAGAUAAGAGUAAUUAUAUGCUUCUUUUUGAUAUGAGGUUUUUUCAUUUGUACUUUUUUUUUUUUUUUUAGUUAUUCUAAAUCAGUUUAGAGUGCUGAGUUCAAGACACACACUUUUUGCAGUUAUAAAUCCACUCAGUUAAAUUACACUUAUCACUGUAAAAGGGGAUUUGGGUCUGCUCCUUUCCAGUUAAACCAGUGUAUGAGGUGGUUCAGGAGCUGUAUCAUAAUCAUCCUUGAGGUCCAGAGGAGCAUGUGCUAGAGGGUAGGCUACCUGCUGGGAGAACUGGGAACUAGGCUGUAUGCUUUUUCCCCAUGGAGACAGAGUUGAUUGGUAUUUGUUUUGUGAUUUUAUUUUUUUGCUUGAGGUGAAUUUCAGUAUUUGCAGCAAUUGGCUCCAUACAGACUAUUCCCUGCAUCAGAAAAUAGGCUGCCAGUGCACCCUGCUCCUUCGCACACCCUGCUCUCCUUGCCCCCCCUGCCCUGUGCAUCUCCAGCAGCAAUUCUGUUUGGGUAAAGCCUUUGCUGUGAUUGGGGGUUCUGCAGCAAGGAAGUUUCUUGAUGCUUCCCGACAGCAUUCAUGGGCGCUUACUUCCUGCCAGAGCUCUGUGCUGCCUGUGAAUGGAAACUAGCAAAUUAAAAAAAAAAAAAAAAAAAAAAAAAAAAAAAAAUUACCCCCCCCCCAAAUAAUUCUCGUUUCUCUGGAGGGAAGAACAAAAAAAAAGAAGGUAUUUCCCAUGAUGGGGACGGGGGGAAACCGAAAGCCCCACAGGGUUAUUUCCCAGCGCCUCGCACGCUGAGCUCUAGGAAUGAGUCAGGCUCUCUCUCAGUGCUGCCGCGGCCGGCGGAGCCCGCGGCCGUGCAGCGCCGAGCGCGGCGGGGCCGGGCCGGGGCCGGGGCCGGGCCGGGCCCUGCCGGGACCCCCCGGGGCGCUCGCCCCGGGCCAUGCCUGGCCGCGGCGCUCGCGGCGACCCUUGCGGUAUGCGGCUGCCUUUGGCAGGGGCACAUGAAGGAUUUCAUUGAGUGUGAAGACAGAGAGCAGAGACAGAAAGCAGAAGGAGGCGGCUGCAGCCUUUGUAGUCGGGGAGGAAUGCGGAAAUGUUGAAGCACUAUGUCAAACUUUUUUGAAACGGGGUCAAGUCACAUUCAGCCAGCGUGGGAAAGCAAGGAAAAAAAAAGUUGAGGAGAGGGAAAAAAAAAAAAAAAAGGCAGCAAGCUGCUGCUGCUCCCAGGCAGAACAGAGGCCGGGGGAGCGAGCGAGGAGCGGCAGCGCAGCGCCGGGGCAGCGGCGGAGCGGCGGCGCCGAGGGCCGGUGCCCGAGCCCCGCACCGCAGGCUGCGGCCGGCGGGGCUGCGAUCGUGGCGCUGCAGCUCCCCGGGGGCCGCCGGCCGCGAUUUUUAUUUUGCGUUUUCCUUUUCCCCGGGCAGGGUGGGGGCGGGAGGAGCGGGUUGGGGGACGAGUGCGAGCUCCUUCUGCGCCAAGGUGCAGCCCGGCGGCGGCGGCGGCAGGAAGAUGCGAGCCGAGGGCGGCCGAGCCGCGGAUCAGCUACCUGUGUGGCCCGGGCGGCCGCGGCCGGGACCUGCCGGAGACAUCGCCAUGUGAAGGGGCAGACCCCGGGCCGGCUCUCCACCCCGCCUCGCUCAAUGGGAGAUUUGUUUGGCUUUACACAGGCAAUGCUCCCAAAGACUGUAUGAUAAUUCCUGGUGGCUGAAAGAGGAGGCACACUGUGGCCAGUACAGAAAAGGAACAAGAAGAGGAGGGCAGGAGCUUCCUACAGCCCCUCUGGGAGAGGUACCGAGUGCGUGGCCUGUCUGCGCCCAAGCAGAGUCUGGUUUUCAGAAAGUAAGGGAGACUGAGAGCCACCUCGAGGCACUUGGAGAGGAGGAAGAGGACUGGUGCCAGCAUGGAUAAGGACAGCACAAACCUGGCUGACCAGCAGUAUGAAUGUGUGGCCGAGAUCGGGGAAGGAGCCUACGGGAAGGUGUUCAAAGCCCGAGACUUGAAGAACGGAGGCCGCUUUGUUGCGCUGAAGCGGGUACGGGUGCAGACCAGCGAGGAGGGGAUGCCUCUGUCCACUAUCCGAGAGGUGGCAGUUCUGAGGCACCUGGAGACAUUCGAACACCCCAACGUGGUCAGAUUGUUUGAUGUGUGCACCGUGUCACGAACAGACAGAGAGACCAAGUUAACAUUAGUGUUUGAACAUGUGGAUCAAGACUUGACUACUUACUUGGAUAAAGUUCCAGAGCCUGGAGUGCCUACUGAAACUAUAAAGGAUAUGAUGCUUCAGCUGUUUCGGGGACUGGAUUUUCUGCAUUCGCAUCGAGUGGUGCAUCGGGAUCUGAAACCUCAAAAUAUCCUUGUAACCAGCAAUGGGCAGAUAAAGCUAGCUGACUUUGGCCUUGCACGAAUCUACAGUUUUCAGAUGGCUCUUACCUCUGUGGUUGUUACUUUGUGGUACAGAGCUCCUGAAGUCUUGCUUCAGUCCAGCUAUGCAACAGCAGUUGAUCUUUGGAGUGUUGGCUGCAUAUUUGCAGAAAUGUUCCGUCGAAAACCACUCUUCCGUGGAAAUUCAGAUGUUGAUCAACUAGGAAAAAUCUUUGAUGUAAUUGGACUCCCAGAAGAAGAGGACUGGCCUAAUGACGUUGCCCUUCCAAGAAAUGCUUUUACUUCCAGACCUGCACAACCUAUUGAGAAAUUUGUACCAGAUAUCGAUGAAGUAGGCAAAGACUUGCUUCUUAAAUGCUUAGCGUUCAACCCAGCCAAGAGAAUAUCUGCAUAUGUUGCCCUCUCUCACCCAUAUUUCCAUGAUCUGGAGAAAUUCAAGGAGAAUCUGGACUGUCACAUGUCAUCCAGCCAAAACUCCAGUGAGGUGAAUGCAUCAUAAGUGCUGACUGAAGAUGAACCAUAAAUGAACAAGACACGUAGCUGACAAGGCCACUGUCCCAUACAAACCACGUAGCUGUCCUAGGGAGAUCAUUAUUUGGAGGUUUUAUGCACUUAUCUUUUAUUUUGGGAUUGUGAUGUGCUUAUCCAUGGAAAUCAAUCUAGUUUACUUUUAUCAGAGCAAUGCAAGGGCCAGGGUUUUGACCUGAUCCUGUUGCAGCUUUAUGUUUGUUUUGUUUUUGUUUUGUUUAUCUACCUGGGAAAACUCCAGACGAAGAGAAGCUGCUGACCAAUUUUGCUGCCAUUUUAUCCUUCUAAUACUGAAUGCUGCCAGUGUUUGAUGAUCAAGUCACUGCCAAAAUAUGAUGCAAUCUCUCUCUCUAGCUGCUGAAGCAUGAUUUGGUACUUUUAUUAUUAUUAUUAUUAUGUGAUAUAUAAAGAAUGGCAUUGAAAUACCAGAUCUCUGCAACCUGCAGUUAACUGUUAUGUGCGUUAAUGCAUCCAGCUACUGUUCAUUCAUAUGUGCAGGUGCUUCCCCACUUGAAAACUUGGAUAAACUAAUUCAUUGUUUCAUUACUCUAUAAAAAUAACAGUGAUGGUGAUGAUCAUAAUAAAUGUCUCAGCUUAUAGGUUUUUUCAUACACAAAUGAGUUAUUAUCUAGCUAUGUUUGUGUGCAUGUUUCAAAAAACUGUCCCGUUCUUACUGUUUCAAUUUCCAAAUGGUCUUUCUGUGUUGAAAUGCAGACACGUUCUAAUCCAUCGUCUAACCCAUCAUUCCCCCCUGGAAACAGCUACAAGCAUAUUUUCUUCAUCUCAUUCCAAAUAAUUUUCUGAUGUCCAGCUCAAAGACAUGAGCAGAGCCAAUGAAAAUCAAUACAGAUUUUCACCUUCAACCAGUUCUCAUUGUCAGCCAAACACAAAAAGAGAAAAAAAUAUUUCUGGUUCAGAAGCAGAGAAUCUUAUACGUGUAAUAAACACAGAGAAGUAUUGGUGCUGCAUUGUACUCUGUAUACUGUGCUGCCUUAUCUGCAACACCCUCCAAUGCAUCACAAGUGCAUGAACAUUAAUGCUCAAAUUCCUCACCUGUCACUUACUAAGCAGGCUUGUUUUCCAUGCAGUAAUGCAUGACCUUCUCUCCUAAACAGCCACGUCAGGAUACUAGCACAUGCCUCUCCACUAAGGUGAAUGUGCCAUUAUUGAAUGUUAAAAUAACUAAGCAAUUUACUUGUCUUUAUAGCACAGUUAUUUUAACUAUUACCUGAAAGUUUUAUAUUUAGUAUUUUUACCUUAACUAAAAUAUAUUUUCAGUAUUUUGAAAAGAAACUUUUAUUUUUUUAAUACUGUACUGGGGAAAAAGAAAUAUUUUAAAUCCAUAAAAGCUGUUCCCUAACAUGACUUCGGUUCAUUUACUUGGACAAGACUUAGGGAAAAUAUUGGUCCAAUGAGUAUAACUGAUGCUAAGUGAGGCAGCCAGCUUUGCUUACUCCUGGGACGGUCCCUUAGGCUUCUCUCUUCCUUGUCUCCAUUUCGUCUUGUCUAGGUGGUGAGCCAGCAUUGUAUCCUGCCAGCAUAUAUGUUUGACAGAAGCAGGUCCUUAGCAGUGAGUUGGGCAAUAUAACUUUCCUGGCUGUGGCAGGGAGCUUGCAGCCAUCUCACAGGCAGGUCUCUGGCUCCUGUGGUGAACUUCACUGGUAACUCUGUUUCAGGUAUCUGCACUGCUAGGAUAGUAAGUGGAUCUUAUUUGUCUCCUGAAUAAAGCUUUUUGUUACUGUUAGACAUUUAAGUUUGUGAUAUAUGGUUAAAUUAGGUCUAUUUUAAACAAGGCAGAUUUUAAAAGGACCACUUGCAUGCUUGCAUACAGUGGCCUGUGCUUUUCUUUAGGCCCAGGAAGAGCCUAUGCAAAACUUAACCAGCAUGAACAGGCAAGUUGAAAAUCAGGCCUGGCAAGAGUAUCCACAAAGCAUCUGACAGAGAUGUCACAGAUCCGUAACACCAGAAUUUCGGAAGCUCUGUGAGCAGGAAGCUGAAUGCCAGGGAGCUGCAGCAAACCUGCUAAUCUUGGCCUUGCCAUUGUCAUUCGCUUUGUUCCUACAGCCAGGGGGAACUGCAGACCCACUGCACUGGUGUUUUUCCAACCCUUUUCCUGUAUGGGUUAGUGGACCCAAAUGUGAAUAAUUUUUAACAUUCACACAGAAGGGUGGGCCAGAGUGAAUUUUUUGCUAACAGUUUUUAAACACUAAGUAGAACAACAAACAGAGCCAAAAGUCAGGAAACUCUUUCAACAAUAGCAAUUAGAAAAGGUUGUAACAGAGUUGAACACCUCUGAAAACAUUCCACAUUUUACCUAGCAAGGAGCUAUCUAUCAUACAUACCUUAUCAGGGCAUUCAGUUGGUGUGGCUUCCCAGCAACUGCUCAGGGAAUUCUGCCAGAGCUCUCCACCAACUAAUAUAGGGUGAAAAUGUAGAGGAGGAGAUGAUAUUUUCCAAAUUAAGCUUAAAACUCUCAGAUAGAAAUGUGUAUCUGUUCCAUGUAAGAAUCUGUUUUAUUAAGCUUAGCAAAGCUAGAGAACAGAGAAUGUGGUUGCUGAAUGUAGAUACAUUAUUAGGGUAAAAACAGAAAGGAGGGAGAGAAUACUUUAAGCCAAAGGUUAGUGUUGGCCCAAAAACUAAUGAGAAUGUGGAAAUCACCAGGAAUUGAACUACUGGAGCAUUUAUUUCCCAGUUGCAGUAUCAAAGAGCUAAGCAAGCAGCAGAGAAAAACGGGCUGGCUUAUGGAAUCAGAAGCAGAGCUUCUGCAACAUGGUGCUGUAUGUUGUCUAAUAUAGUAGGAUCAGGUUAUAAAUGAGAGUAUUCAGGAGAACAGUUUGCAAAGGGCUCCAUUAAUGGUCACAUUCUGGAACAUCUUUCCAGUGGGCAUGGCAGGAACAAAACCAAGAAAUCUAAGAAUCUUGGCAGGGUUAGGGAAAAUAUUUCUUUAAUGGUGUCCUUGUGGUAGCAAGGACCUGGAUUCAAGGACCAACAAUUUUUCAAAUUACCUCCUUUUCCAAAUCUCUUCAGGAAGAAAUUCCAUUUCACAUGCCAUAUGCUUAAUCAUAUUCCAGUCUUCCCUGCCAAACCAUGUGGGGCUUCACUUACACUAGUAAACUGAGAAAGCCUGUUCUCUGUUGUUGGCUAAUACCAUGCCAGGAAUCAUAUUUAUAAUCAGCACAGACAGUUGUGGGACUGUGCUCAAACCCAUGCCCUUGCUCUUCUUAUAUUACUGGUAUAGAUCUAGUCUUUUAGUACCUUUACUCUUUACUGCCAUAUGUGUAGGGUGUAGGAAUUGUGUAAGUGAAAGAGAAAGUGCUGUGAUGAAAACUCUUUGUACACCUUCAAAUAAGACUUCAGAGUGCAAUUCUUCUUAGUGAUAUCUAAGCCUGUAUGUGUUCUCUUCUACAGGAGUGAUUCAACAGCAGCUAAAAAAUGCUGAAUAACAAAAGAUGUAUUAAGUAUAGCUCCUAGAACACCCACAGCCAGGCACUGUGCUCUUCUUAGCAGAGAACAGGGUGUUCUAAGUAAUGAAAAGAGACAUUUCUAUCUCCCACCAGCCUUUUUUUUUUUUCAUCACUACUACAUAAUUCUGCAGAAAAAACCAGACCUAAUAGCCAAGGAAAAAAACCACCACAGCCAGCUAGGGAAGUGCUAAUAGCAGUCCAUCUGGUGCAGCCCUUUUCCCCCUGUCCACGCUCACACCAGCCUUCCCAUUCGUCUUCUUCAGCUCCCUUAUGUAAAAAGGUUUCAGUGAUGCUCACAGGUGCUAUUUCCAGCAAGAUUCUUCCAAAUUUUCCAUAGCCACACAGUGUCAAUGUCCCCUCCAUUCCUAUUCCUAUAUGUUGAUUCUUUUAGUCUCACAGCCUCAACCAGGCAUGAGAUGUGCAUCUCCUUGCUUAGGCUUACUUUUGUGUACCCCUGUGUUGCCCUCUGUGGGGUUAGUAAAAUUCUAAAAUUAGGAUUUGUGCAUAUUUCCGUGUAGGCUGUGCCCACACUCCAGGUUUCUUUCAGCCUAUUAGUCCACAAUGAUCAAUAGUAGAGCAUUUUUUCCUGUUGUUUCUCUCCUAAAACACACCAAAAAAUGAGGGUGUCAUGUUUGCAAAAAACCUAAAUUUCGGGCUAUGUGUACAGAGCCUUUUUAAUGAAAGGUAUCACUAAACUGCAGCAUUUGAACAUCUGCAUAGGGGAGGGUUUCCAGCACAGUCACUCUAAUUUGAUUUUUAUACUCAGUGUUUAUUUUGGUGCAUAAGAAGAAAAUAUUGUGCCUUUCUGCUUUUCACAGGUUCACCCACUGUCUUUGAGAAGCAUGUUUUAUUAUACAUAUAAUUCUUUCUGCUGUUAGGUAUUAGAUCAACUUUAAUAUGGAAAAUAAGAAGAAAACAUGCUGUUUUGGUCUUCUAGCCAGCAAACUUAGAGCACUUACCUGGCUCACAACUGAAAACACAUCAGUUAUCAAAUACAUAUAUGAACCACACAGUUUAGUGUCAAAGGCCACAUAAAUUAAUUAUGUUCCAUGUAUAAGACACAUUUGAAUAAUGAGGAAGUUUAUUCUAAGAACUCUGUUUUAUAGAACCACUUGGAUAGUAUUUUUCAUAUGCAGUAGGUUCAGGAAUAGAUUGACUUUUGUAUACAAUGUGAAUUAGAAGAUACUAGGCUUUUUGAUUGAUUUUGUUGUUGUAUGCUUGAAGCUUGAAUUGAUUGCAAGCUUAGGAACCUAACAUAUUUAUUUUAUUGCUUCAAAACUGCUUCUAAAUAUCAAGACCUUUUUUGAUGUUAACAGGAUUUCACACUUUUUUUAAUGUGUAAAUUAUUUUCUUGAAAUUAGUAUGUUAGAAAAAGCAUUUUUCCAAACUGCAUUAGUGGGGGAAAAUUUAAGAAAUAUAUUUUUACUUUCACAGAGAGGUGAACUUUUCAAUAACUGACUAUCAAUAAGCUAUACUUUUACUUCCUUUUGAUUACUAAGCCUUGAGUAUACAGGUUACUUUCAAUGAAGAAAAGAAUCAGAAACAAUCUCUAGAUAAUUAAAUGGGAUUUUAUAUGUUUAAGCUUCCAAGUUUUAUUUUCAUAUCCAUCUCUUUGUGCAGGUACAGUUCAUAAAUACAAAAACACGACUACCGUUUUAACAGUGUAACAGGCUGUACAACUCAAAUUGAGGUUUAUUUGUGAGCUGUUUAUUUUAUUAUCUAUCUAUGUCUUGCAAAUUAUUAGAUGAGGGCUGUAAUAUAAUUCUAGUUUCUGGACUAGACUCUGUAACCAUCAAAUCUCAAUAAUUUAUGUAAACCAGAAUGAAGCUUUCUCAUUGAUUUUAUUUAACUAGGCCAUUAAAAGAAGGAAGAUGUAGACAUAUGAACUGACAAAUACACUUUUGCCAAGUGUUGUUUCUUCCCUUUAGUUUGAAGCUUAGCAAGUAUUGCAUACUGAUAUGCAGUACAUAUACAACGUAAGAACCAUAAAGACCACUUAAGAGUAGUGUGCACAAGUAAUAUGAAAAAUGGCUCAUUAGACUCUUGGGGAAACCAGCUGAAAAUCAUUACUUUAGCUGUAACACUCAAAAUCUUGAAACUCAAAUAUUUUUCCAUUAAAAAUUAUUCCUGAAAAAUUAUGUGUAUGUUUUUAAUUCAGUGAUAGGUACCCAAACGGAAUUGAAUCAAGUGGGAACUUAUUCUCAAAAGUGAUUUUUCCAGGCCAAGGAGAUUCCCUCAGUUCUUCAUGUACUCAUCAGAAACUAAAAUUAACCAGCACCAUUCUUAGAUGAGCCUUUUGCUUUCUGGGCAGAAAAAACCCAAGGUUGCUGUGAGUAAAGUUAUUGGAAAAUUUGCUUUGACUUAAAAGUCCUGUGGAAGCUUCUGCAAUAUUCAGUUUUCUAGCCUUCAUUGAAAGACUGUGCAAAACAGCAAAGAUAAAUUGAAACUCCCUAACCAUAUGGUCUUUUUCCCUUCACAUUACAUAUUUUAUCUGUUUUGGGAUACACUGAUGGGUUUUAUCCAGCUCAAUGUUAAUGAGACUUUUGCAAGGCUAACAAAGUAAAAACAACUUCUGCUAUAGUAUUUGGAUUGUUGGUGAUUGUGGUAGAGCAGGUUUUUUAUUUCCAGAAGGGAUCAGACAAAAUAUACUGCCUUCUUUGAAAAAGAAAGAAAAAAUAAUAAUCAUUUUAAAAUCUCCCACAAACAGCUGACACUUGGUAAAGAUUAGAAAGGAGAUUUUUAAGGAACUAUUUGGAAAAUGUUGUCAGGAUGAGUGACAAGGAGCAUAUUUUUGAUGCGAGAUAUGUAAAUGCAAACAAUGUGUAUUAAAUACGCAUUGAUACUUUUUCACUGACUUUGCAAAGGUGAUAGGGUUUUAUGGAAGAAAAGUAUGAAUUUAUUUGAACUGCCACUUAAAUGUUCAUUUGCACUAAAGCAACCUGUACUGUUUGAAAGGAGAUAGGAAAACACAUCAUGUUAAAAUUUGUGAUUCACUUUGGUGUCUGGAAGGAUGGGUUGUAAAGCUCUCAAGCUCACUGUCCAUUUUUAAGCAAGCCAAAUUCACGUUCACACUAUUAGCUUUCUGUACCUUAAACCCAUCCAUGUGCCUGAGAAAAACACAUUUUCUAGUGUUUGCAUGGAUACUUGCUCCCAUUGGCAUGCUCAUGUUAAAUCCAGACAGAGGACAGUCUCUGCCACUGAAUGCAAAAUGAAUUUUCAGACUGACAGAUUCCUUUGUACAAUUAUUCCUAAAGGGUUUGAAACCAUUGUUCAAUGAUAUGGGGCCCUUCAUUUUAUUCCAUGUUUCACACGUACAUGAUGUUAUGCUAAUUAUCAGCCUUAUUAAAAAAAGUAAAACCCCAGUUCUUUAAUGUUAGGAUCAAUUUUGAGAAGCUAGAUAAAGGAGGAAAAUUGUGAUGGAAAGAGAAAAAACGGGCAAAGAGUAGGAGAGUUGGCAAGUAAGUUUGACUACAUGGAAAAGUUACAUAUAAACAUAGGGGGAAGACUUUUUUCCAGUUGUUUUGUUUUCUGCUGUCAUAUAAGAUGAUAAAGCAAGAUUCAUGAACGGGAUUUUGGUUCUAGAUACUUAUGCCAACUCAAGUCAUGAGUUCCAGUGCACUUCUUCAACAUAGCAACAGCUCUAUUUUUUAAGUUUUGCAUAAGCUAGAGCUUUUUCUGGGUAGAUAUAAAAAAAGUCUUAUGAGACAGCUUGACAGAAGAUUAAGCUGUCCACAGAGACAGUGCCUGUAGUUCAGCUGCAGCCACUGGAGCUCUGCUGCAGGACAGCCACUGACAGUGUCUAUUAGUGUGGGAUGUUGUGCAUUAGAAGUUGACCCCUGCUGCAAAUGGAAAAUCCUUUGGUCGUGGUUUUGUGCACUUGGGUUUUGAUAAGGUUAUCCACAUGCAGGUUUUGCUGGAUCAGUCCAAGUGGUUCACCAUCUUACAGGGGCAAGUCUGAGAGCUUAGCAAGUCUGUCUGACACCCUGUGUAAAUAGUAAUACAAAAUCAGCUGUCAUGGGAAAAGACUUUUUGUAGAUUGUAGAGGUAGGAAUGAGCUUUCUGAGCUCCUCUCCAACAGAGCUGGUGUUAACUAUUAUUACGCCAGCUCCAAAAAAUGCAGAAUAAGAGGCCUGCAUGGCAUUUUGUUGUGUUCAGUCUAUGUGCAUGGGUGGCAGGGUAAGUGUUGUCACACAGUGGCUAAUUUUGGUCCUUCCAUUAAGCCUGAGAACUAGGUUUGGCACAGAGACAAACUUCACAGUUCCAGGGAUGGGGAACCUCUAAUUCUCCACAGUAGUUCUCUGGCUCUUGUUAAAUACAUAUACUGGUAGAUCACUCAGCCACUCAAGCAGUCCUUUCCUUAUCCCAGAUCAUCCUGUGACUAUGAAGGAAGCCCUGAGGAGUCUGUUCAGCAGUUUUCCAACUUACCUGCUUCCUCUCACUGGAGGGACAGUUACCUGUUAUUUGUAUCUGACUCUGCUGGUGCUUCCACUACCACUGAAGUAGCUGUGAGCUAAAUUCCUGCCUUGUGACUCUGCAGCUUCCAGUCUGGCCCAGCCAGUGAUUUGUACUCAAGUUUUUCCUUGCUUCUCAUUAGGAACAGGGAAGUAGUACAGUAGAAUAUGGUAAAAUGGAUGCAACUUUCACACUUUUUGGUUCAAGCGAAGUAAUGAGCUAGAAUAGAUUAGAUUGAAUGUAAUGUUCAGUUGAUCAGCCAAAACAACUUUGGAUUCAGAGGAUUAUUUACUAAGUACAGGAGAUCCCUGAACAACUGUCUGCGAUGCACAUUUUUGCAAGAACACACAAUAAUGCCCCUUUUAUACAGAAGCUUUUGAUGGCUACAAGACUAGCAAUGCCAGACUCUUCUGCUUAUCCCGCUUCCCCUCACCUUCCCCAAGAUCACUGUUCCCAGGAAGAGGAUGGAGCAACUGUGAAACAGUCCCCAGAUCUCAAGAUAAGUUGUACUUAUGUAGGUAAUCAAGCUCAUUCCUUCCCUUUUGGCUAUGGCAGUGUACAGAUCCCUGCCACAAGUACUAGGCACAAACAGACCUGAAAUGCCAAAAUACUGUCCUCAGGAAAAGUCUUCCCUGGAUGUAAGGGGGCAGUAUGUUUACUGUUUCUGUGACAGUUGACUUUCACUUUUUGCAUUGAUAUAAGAAGUCCCUUAAGAAAACUCCCACUACCUAAAAGGGAUAAUAUUGGAUUCUGGACAUUCUGUGGGAAAAGACAAAAUGUUGUAUUCCAGGUAGAUGAAUUUCAAACAACCAUUCUUCACCAAACUAGGUUUAAAGUGCAGCCUGAGUCUGCAGCAUGCUAGUUAAAUAAAUGUUUUUCUACCAACAGCAAAACCCGCAGUGAUUUCUUGCAUGGACUUUAUCUUGGAGUCCCUUUUAAGAAAGGUGGUUGUAACCAUGGGUUGCACCUACAACAAAAUGUACAUCAAAAAUUGGACAGUGGCAAGAAGUUUGUGGAUGUGAGGCUGUAAAAGGUGGCUUAUGUAAACUCAGGGGGAUGUGCUUGUGUGAAAGUAUUGGUUGCCGUGCACAUUUUGAACUGAAGUUACCUAUCAGAACAUGAUAGAAGAAAUGCAGCGUAAUGAGAUUAGAGGUUUUUUCUCUUUAGAUGUCUAGCAACCCUGGGGUGUUCCAGCUUUGUUUUCUUUGAUUUGAUUUAUUUCACCUCCCCACAGCCAUUCUUCUUUCUGUUGUGUGUAGAAAGUUGAAAAGCAUUACCCUAUAGUUUACCAUCUCAAAAAGAGAGACAGGCAGCACUGUCUCAAAAUUUUGAUCACUCUGUGAUAGUCAAUAUUAAGGGAAUCACAGAAUAUACUGAGUUUGAAGGGACCUAUCAGGAUCCUUGAGUCCAACUCCAAGGAUCACCCCAUGUGCCUAAGAGUGUUGUCAAAAUGCCUCUUGAGCUCUGUCUGAACCGGGCUUGGGGCUGUGACCACUUCCCUGGAAAGCCUGUUCCAGUGCCCAGUCACCCUCUGGGUAAGAACCUUUUUCUGAUAUCCAACUUCAACCCCUCCUGACUCAGCUUCGAGUCCUGUCACUGGCCAUGAGAGUGAAGUUGUCUCUGUUUAGUCCCGACAAACAGAAUUCCACAUCCACAGCUCUGCCUUCCAUUAAGCACUGUUAAAAACCUUUCAUUCUCCAGUGUUCAAAUUCUCUUUGCCAGGAGAUUGAACACCCUUCCUACAACCCAUUUGGAGUCACAGCAAUGUGAGCAAACAAAGUUUACAUUAUGAUGGUGCUUUUUGGUAAGGAGUGAGAGCCAGUUCCAGUUGACACAUGGACUGAAAGAGUCUCAAGGACUCCUAGCCAGGCACCAUUCAUAGGCAAGGCAGUCCCUUUUGCUAGGGCAAGAAACACAUUGUAAAACAGUUAAGAUAGGGAAAAUAUAAAGGUGCCAUUUAUUUUUCCAGUAGAAUCUGUUUUUUGCACAAUGCUGUAUCAGUUUGGCACUGAAACCAAUCCCACAGGUGAGCAUUAAUGCAUUCCUUGCAAUCUUUAAUUUCCUUGUAAAUUCUUUACAAGCAUUUGGAUUAAUGUAUUUGUGGUCCAUUUCAUUCCAAUUCUUUUAAGUGGUCUAUAUCUGCCCUUGAAUCUCAUAUGAAUUUUAUUAAUAUAAUAUUUUCCUGCAUUACUUUGAACAGCUUUAAAAGUAUAAUGUCUUGAAUGCUCUAGUUAAAGAAAAACUAUACCCUCAAAAUGCUGUGUUACAAGUUGGAACUGUAUACUUUGGAAAUUAUAUUAUAAUUCCCAAAGGCAUUUUACUGGGUGCUUUAGUCCGUAUGUCUGUCUUCUACUUUCUGUGUUACAGUGUGUAUUUGUACUUCCUCACUAGCUUGAUACUGUUCAGUCUGAAGGCCUAAGUCUGCAGACGUGAAUGCUGUACCUCAGCUGAGCAUCCCACAGAGCUGAGAGGGCUUACUUGUGUGAGUACAGUUACUCACAAAAAGUAUUUGCAGAAAAAGGCUUUCCUUUAGUAACUGACCGUAAUUGUGAGGACACAUGGUUAAUAACAGCACCAAGACACCAGUAAAUGGGGUCUGUGUUUAUGGAAAAUGUGGACACAUUUAUCUUCAAGUUAUUUGACAAUAAUCUAAAUUAUUGCUAUUAUGGUUUAGUAUAUUAUUUUGUAUGAAAACACAUUAGUCCUGUGAAAGGGUAGUUGCAAAAAAAAUGUGUCGAGUCUUGCUGCUUUAUUGUUUAUUUGCAUUUAGUAUACAUUUUGGUUGUUGAAGUGGGGCUAGCUUCUUAGAGAGGCAGGAAAAUAGAUCUGGAAAAAUCAUAAGUAAGCAUCAUACUGUGCAUUGAGUUUUGCAACUAGAGUAGUAUAUGUGUUCAGAUUUAGUAAUUUUUAUACUUUAGAGUAUUUUUGUUUGUUUUAAUAUGUAAAGGAAUAACCAGAAUACUUUGAAAUGCUAUUGUAGAGCUAAUUUUACACAUAGUGGGGGGGAUGUUGUCCGAAAAACUAAAAUUAGAAAACAUUACAUAGGCUGCCUUUGGCUUUAGUUGGUUUGUAGAAGGCCCAGCAGGUAUCUGUUGAUUCCAGAUACUUAAGCCAGGGGUCAAGUUUGUGCAGCAUCUUGUAACUGAAGAAAGUUUUCUGCAGUGAUAAAGUUACCCAUCUGGGCUUGAAGAAAGAUUGCUGCCUAAACAAAAGCAUCAAGGCAGCAAAUUUAGGUGGUGGUUUGUUUUGGUGGUUUUUUGUGCAUGGACAAUUGCAUGAAAUAGGGUUGGAGAUUCAAAGUAUUUAAAAUCAUUUGGCAUGAUAUACUCUUGUUCUAAUUCCACUGACUACAGUUAAAUUAAACCAGGAAUUUGGCCUUGUAAGUCUACAAAUUACAGUGUCAGGCAGCUCAGGUCUAUAUAAAGAUACUUAUGCUUAGUAAAUCAGCAAGAAUACUAUAUAAAUUGUAAUGUGUGAUAAAAACUUUAACUCUAGUUACAUUAUUUCUCUAAAAAUUUCUGUUCGUUGCUUUUUUAUACAAAAGGUCAGAAUUGCACUUCUUAGUGGCAUUGGGAUAUGUGGAGAAAAGCAGGAUGCUGGUACAGAAAUGUAUCAGAAAUAAGAUUCAGUUCUUACUGCUCCAUGUGUGCCCACCUUACACGUGACAAAUCCCACUGAAGUUAACAGAAAUAUAAAUAAUAUAAAGUUAAGCCUGUUUGUAACUCUCAUGAGAUACUGGUUUAAGAAUCUUCAAGAUAACAUGUUCUCAAAAGGCAUUAUUAAACUCGUGGUUUCAGGUUUACAGAAUACUAUGAACAGUGACAACAGCUUCUGAGACACAUCCAGAGUAACUUUAUUAAUUGAUAUUACACCAGACCAACAUCCAUUAGCAAAUCAAAAUCUCUCUCAGUACCUUCAUUUCUCAGUGUAGUUUUACAAAAAAAAAAAAAAAACACCUUUUUUAAAAAAUCAGAAAUUUUAAACAGCCUCUAUGCUGUUUGGAUUAAUUUUUUUCUCCUUUUUCACCUUUUUUGUCAUAAAAUGUCAUUUGCUCUGGAGUUGUCUAGGAUUUGAUAAUUCAAAGAAAGCAUGCAAAGCAGUUUGGAAUACAUUUCUUCAUUCACCUUAGGGCAUAUAUUCAGCUGGUGAAAAUCAGCAUAGUCCUGUUGACUUCUACAGCAUUGUAUCAGUCUAUACGAGUGCAACAGUUGGCACGUCAGGUUUUAGCAUUUCAAGUCACUUUACCUACAUAAUGCAGGAUUCUGUUUUGCAAGAUGGAAGGUUACCUACAGUGCAAACUGUACUACCUAGACUACCAUUGAUACCUAUUCACAGGACAUGAUUUCACUGUAUCAUUUCAUACUUGAAAUUCAUGACGUUCUUUUAAUCAGGGUACAAACAUGAAAAGGUGCGUGUGUUACUGUUUCUUUUAAAGGUGCAUCAUUUUGUUUUUUAUUUUGUGUGCUUAAUAGUUACUAGUCAGUGUUCUUUACAUUCUUUGCAUUCAACAUUAAAAUCACCUAUGUGUGAAAUACAGUAUCACCUGCAGAGGUACAGAAAAAUGUAACAGUGAUUUCUUGAACUGUUACCCAAAUAUACUGGUUUACCUUUCAGUCAUCGAUAUGACAUCAAGGGGCUACAGCAUGUGAACUGUGGUAUAUAGAAGUCUUGCACCAUUGCUGUACAGGAAAUCUUGCAGACUCUGUCCUAUUCUUGCACAGCUGCUGAUUACCAUAUACACAUUGGGAAAAAGUAAGUUUCUGCUGUACAGAAUGGCUGGGAAGUAACACAGACACUUUGGAAACUCUAGAGCUCCCUUUGCAAGCUUUCAAACAAAGCCCUUUGAUCUAACUGCAUGCCUGCUCUGUGUCCCAAAUUUCACCCUAUGGGGCUUUCUGCUUUAAGAACACCCUCAGCUGGGGCUACUUUACGUUGACUGCAUUGAAGUUCAUCGGAGCAUGCACCUUACCGUAUUAACAUAUUCUUUAGCUUUUACAAGUUUGUAAAGAUGGUUGACUGCAAAACUAAUGUGUCAAUACAGCAGAAUUAAAUUAAGGCACACAGAAAGUUAUCAAUAAUGUAUUAUAUCAGAAUUACAGUCCUUUGGAACUGAACGUUUUGCUGCUGGCAGUGCAAGAAAAGCAAAGUUGUGUAUUUAUUGUUGGGUGCUGAGGGUUCAGUAUGAAAACCAAUAUAAUAAAAAUUUUCACAGUGUCUAGUUCUCUUUAGUUCCCAAAUUAUUGAAAAGUAAAAAGGCAAAAAAUUAGUUUUGUAUUUAAAACUGCUUCACCCUUCUAGCUAUAUUUUUCUUUUAUCUAAAAAUGUAAAAUGAAUACAAAUGCAGUAAGUAUUGUAUAUUAAAUACAGAAAAUUA